AUGGGAAAAGGGAUAAAGGCGGAGUCCGUGGAAAAGGUUCGGGAGCAGCACCACAAACGGCGAGGAAGGGCAGACAGGGGUGGACACUGGAAAAGGUUCACGGCUACAGAAAUAGUUAAGGCACAGAGGCACCAGGGGGUGGCAGAAGGACCCCCGCCCGGGGCAAAGGCGACUCAUGGGGGAGGCGCCGCUUACCUCCGGGAGACCCUUGCGGAGGGGGUGCAGGCGGUCGGGGUCGGACUGCCGACACCGCCGCCUCAGCAGCAGCGGCCGCUCCCGGGGUCCAUUGGCCGCCUGCGCUUCCCUGACAGCGGCCGCGGCGGCUGCACCAGGCCCCGGCUGCGGGGCUGCCCGCGGCGCCGCCUGAAGGGGCCUUCACGCUGCCUCAAGUUGGACCGGACCUCACAAGCAGGACCCAAAACAACAAUUCCUCUGCAGGCUUUGAUGUCAGAGUCUCCUGCGCCCGAGCGCUUCGUGCCGGGAUUUGCCUUCCUGCUUCCCGGACUGUCAGGACGCUACCGAUGCCAUAGUAAUCUGAGUUGGGGGCUUUUUCUCCUACGCGACGGGAUUCCCUUCGUAAACCAGCCGGUGGGACCCAUGCUGGAAGGCCAGAAAACAAACGCGAAAAAGAGGGGUCAGAGAGGAGGACAAUCACCCUCACUUCCCUUUUCCUACUCAUCUUUAAGGACAAUGCCAAGACUAUGCCCCUGUAGCUUCUGGAAUGGCGCAGUCCAACCGCCUCAAUCUUUCACCGUUAGCAGCACCACUCUGGGCCAAGGUUCUGCUUCCGAGGUCAUCCCCAGCUUGGGCAGCCUUUGGCCUCCAGUGUCCAGGCGCCUCGACCUCAAACAGGCUGGCCCAGCCAGGUUAGGAAGGCUUAGAGGACAUGCUUUUCCAAACCAAACAAACGAGGUGAGGCUACACAGACCCAAGCAGGCCUUGCAGACAGGCCUCUGCGUUGGCUCUGUGUUGUUUGUUGGUCACUAUUAUCGAAAGCCCUCCCCUUCCUCAGAACAACUGCCCCAACGCUGUUCCUGGGACCGUUCUCAGGACCUAAGGCUCCUGUAGGGGUAAGGAUCUUAAUAUUCUACUGGAAGCUGGUUGAACUCAGAUCUUGGAUACCAUCUUCACUGUACUGACGGUUUGCCAUCCUUCUUUCCAUUUCCCCUCUAUUCUCCCCUCCUCCACACACAUACCUUUCUUUCCCCUUUAGAGACAGUCUAUUUUUCCCAGGAUGCUGUUAUAUUCCUUGGCUCAAGUCACUGGCCUGUAAAGUAACUAGGAAUAUAUCUACAUGCCCCCAUACUAUACUGAACCUCUGUAUAAUAAUGACAAUAUUACCAUAAAAAUAUAGGAACAAUAAUAUCUGAUGUAAUAAUACCAUUUUCCAAGGUGGGGGGGGGGUUGGGAAUAUUAAGGAAGUACUAUA